AUGACCAGAAUAGAAAUAACUGAAAAGCAUUCAUCCAACAACAAGCGCGAUGCACCUGGCAAGCAGGAAGUUAUCAGAUAUAGAAAGUUAGUAGCUCGGAUAUUUGGACUAGAAAAGACGGUAAAAAAAUUGGAGAGAGAUGUGGCAUUCCUAGAGACUGAAUUAGAAGAUUUAGAUGAUUGUGUGGACAAGAGCACUGUGGUUGACUUAAUACAUGAAAUAGUUCUCACGCGCAUUAAUGAAAAAGGUAAGAGUUCCUCCUAUUCAUCCAAUUCAUCUAAUUCAUCUGAAGAAUCUGAUUCUGUUGAGAUAAUUGAGGUAAGAGAACAAAAGGUUGUUCUUUAUAAGCAACGAAAGAAGAAUAGCUCCCCAGAUAUUAUUGCAAAAGGCGUUGAAGUUCCAGAACAAGAUCUAUGCUCAAGUUGUCUUGAGGAUUAUGUAAAAGAUCUCCCGCAAUGCCCUAAAUGUGCAAUGGAAAUUAAAUCUAUUGAUUAUGUGCAUUCUGGCACUUCUGAGCAAAGUACCUUGAACCUAAUGCAAAUUUCGCCACAAAUGACACAAAUAGCGUCCAAUCAGAGCCAGAAUAUAGUAACUUCAGAUACAACACAUAUUUCUAACCCCACCUUAUUGGAUCCCUUAUUAUUUCAAGACUAUACAAAACGAACCCAAACUGUUAAACCAAAAUCUAAAAAAAGAUUACGUGAAGAAGGUAUAAAAAAAGAACCUACAAAUCUAAAGAAAUUAAUUGAUGAGUUGACUACCGAAAAUUUAGAUUCUACAGAAAAUAUUAUUACACAGUCAAGUUCAGUACCUACCG